AUGCUGAUCAUUCUCUCCAUCCCAGUUCUUGUGGUUCUGAGACAGGAAUCCAAAACCCUCCGGCAUCGCCUUCGCGAAGAAGUUGAUGUUGAUCUAGUGGAGAACGCAGCGAUAGAAACUCCUCAAACAGAUUAUCAAGACGUAGAUCCUCCGGAUCAUGGGGCAGACGCCGCUGCUCCAGCCAUCGCCUCGCACAUUUCGAUCUUCUUCUUUAAAGGAUCGCCCGUCAAGCGAGGAGACGAUUUCACAAUCCUCCAGGCGCUCUGUAGCAUCGACAUGUUUCUCAUCUUCGUGGCUUCAACCUGUGGCAUUGGCGCUGUGCUAACCGUGACCAACAAUUUCGGCCAGAUUGGAACGUCCCUUGGCUACUCCCAGGCCGGAACAAACACUUUCAUCGCCCUCCUUAGCAUCUGGGACUUCAACGGUGGCGUUGGCGUUGGCUUCAUCUCGGACAUAUGCCUCGCCAGCUAUGGCGUCGCAAGGCCCUUCUUCCUGUGCCUGGUUCUCUUGCUUCUGUCGCUUGGGAGCUUGAUAAUCGCUCUUGGGCUUCCCGGAGCGCUCUUCUACGGCUGGGUUUUGAUUGGGCUGUCAAUCGGUGGCCAGUGGUCGGUUCUUUACACCAUGAUAGCGGAGAUCUUCGGGCUCAGGUUCUAUGGGACGCUCCAAAAUGUAACUUACGUCGCUAAGGCUCUGGGAACUUAUGUUUUGUCCGUCCGGGUGGCAGGAGUUUUAUACGACUGCGAGAGUAAGCUUGGACCGAGCAAUGGAAGUUUGGAUGGUGAUGAGCUCCUUUGCCAUGGACCACAUUGCUACAGAACAACCUUUUUCGUAAUGGCUGGAGUGUGUUUGUUUGCAUCCAUUGUGAGCUUGAUCUUGUCCAUUAGAACAACAAAGUUUUAUAGUGUCACUCUUCGAAAGAGAUUAAUUGAUUAA